AUGGAUGACCCAUUGCAUCUAAACCAGCGCGGGUUUAUUGUACCGCACCCACCACCAUCACCUCCUCCAGAAGAAGAAAAGGAUAAAGUGAAGACUAAGAGGGAGUUCGCUCCAGUGGUCAAACUCGAAUUCAAAUCUGUAUCCUCCACUGCAUAG